AUGACCAGGCGAGAUACGCUGCCACUGUAAUGAAUCUGGCUGUGUAAGCACUGGCUACAUGUGUAAGUCGCACACAGGCACCUGCUACACACUUGUCCACACAGACCAAAGCCAGACGAACACAGAAACGGAAGUAUCGGUUCACGGUUGUGUGGACGGCUUGAGGAUGGCACAUCGGAGUUUAUGUAACAGUGCUUUGACUGAAGAAAAUCUCCAACAGAGCAGCAGAUCAAUGGGUGGCAGUAGUCUCCCUUUAUUGUUGAUGUGUUGUAAGAAGGACAUGUGUAAUUAUAUGAAGAAAUUUGAUAGACUUCAUUUUGUGAUGAAUGCCCACUCAAAUGGGAGUAUUUUAAGAGGACGUAAACAGAACCAGAUGUCUUACACAGGGAAUUACCCAGAAAGAAAUGAAAAUCGAGACCUCUGGUUUAAGGCCGCUGUGAUAGCCGUACCAAUCGCCGGUGGAUUUAUCCUUAUUCUCCUCGUACUUGUUGCCGUACGAAUGUUACGCUCAGACAGUCAAAGACACAGACGCCUCGUCGCUGACCGGCGAGGACGCUCUCUAACGAAAGCGCAGCUUUAUGUAGCCGAUCAUUUCAACGACAAAGAUCACGGUUUUGCAUCGCCGUCGUUCGCUGAAAAGGCUGUGCAUUUAUAUAAAGAUGUUAAUUCAAAAGUGGACAGAGAUGGAAAAAUGUACGAACGAGUGCGGGACAAAGACAUUCAACAGAAACUUUCACCUUCGGUGAUUGUUUGGGGUACACAAGCGAAAAGAGACUUUGCUACAGUUGUAUAGUAAUUAUAAUAAUUAUAAUAAUACUAAUAAUAAUUAUAUUAAUAAUAAUAAUAAUAAUUCAGUUAAUAUUGAGAGGAUAUGGACUUGGCAGAGAACUGGACAAAUACUUGACAGUAUUUAGUUUCAUACUAUGACAUCCUGAGAUCAAAUCUCAACGGGGCCAACUCUGCCUUUCAUACUUGAUGGGGUUUGAAAAAGUAUGUACCAGUAUUAUACUGGGGCUUCGAUAUACAUACCGUUGCUCAUAAGAAAACGUGGUCCUGUAUGUGUUUGUAUGUAUGUAUGUGUGUGUGAAUGUGUCUGAGACUUAGUCAAAACAAUAACACAGAGAAGAGAACUGUUAUAACAAUAAUAGUAAUAACUAUAUUUAAUGUCAUUAUUGUUAUUAUUAUUAUUAAUAAUAAUAACGAUGAUGAUAAUAAUAAAACAGGGUUUGGGAGCUUCGACAACUUGUAUAUAUUUAUUUGGCUAAAGUCUAUGUGAGGUGUCUGGUGUUGAGUAUUUAGUUUGUUGUCACAGGAGUGAAGGCAUAAAUGUAUAUAUAAUGUGUGUGUGUCAGAUAUGAAUACAUACAUACAUAUGUAUAUAUAUGUAUGCAUGUAUGUAUAUAUGUAUAAUGUUUGUGUGUAUUUAUGUAAUUACUAUUAUUAAAGGAGAGAGAGAAAGUAGAAAAACGAGGAAGAUGAUGAGGUGAUGAAGCUAGUUGCUUCCUCUUUAUACUCCCUGUUUAAGUACUGUCAUAGCCCCCCCCACUUCUGUUUAAUUAUUUCUGAAGUUAGUUGGUCAGUUAAGUAAAGUGCUGGUCAGGUGUUGGUUCAGUAUAGUGAAUUACUUGCCCAGAUCCUCUUCCAACAAAAUUUCCGAGCUCCUUCUUGUAUUAGAUCCCUGCGAGUAUUGCAAAGAAGAAAAUUAGCUGCAUUGAUGUAACCAAUCUCCAAGGUUCUGCGGUGGUCAUGGGGUCAGCUCCUUCUUCCAGAUCAACAAUUGGAGGGUCUACAAUGGCAAUGUGAGCUGCCCCUUUCUGCCAGAUCAACCAUUAGAGAGUCAGUCAUGGCCAGAGUGAUGUCUCCUUCCUCUAGAUCAGUGGUUUUCAAUCAGGGUCCAUAUAAAGUUUUUGGGAAUCCACACAAGCAGAAUAGUUAACUGGGGACACAUAGUAGUAUAUUAAGGGUCAAUAAAAAUUUUGCUUUAAACAUAUCUAUUGCUAGAGAUAGCUGGAUUUCAUUCUCUGUUUUACAUUGUUCAACUACACAAGUGAAUGUAUAAAAAACAAAAUAGGAAUUGUGAAAGAAGUUUCCAUAAAACUAGUUUUUAAACAUCGAAUGACUACAGGGAUCCACCAGAAUAAAACGGUAAUCAAAAGGGGUCUAUAAAUAAAAAAAGUUGAGAACCACUGCUUUAGAUAAUCUCCAAUGAUUGGAGGGCCUUAGAGCAGUCCCAUUCACCAGAACAAUUAAUGGCAAAAGUAGUAAUAAAUA